AUGCCUCUAGUACCAGGCCGUGAAGCCAUCCCACUAACGGGGGUGAACCAAUUCGAGCCACUACCCAAUGUGAUGAAUAUUCUUGUGACGGGAGGUGCUGGAUUUAUAGGAAGCUGGUUGACCCGCCACCUGGUGACUCAAUAUCCCCAUGCCUACAAUGUGAUCUGCCUGGACAAGCUCGACGCAGUCGCCUCGAUCAACAACAUCAAAUGCCUCUUCUCGGCGCCAAACUUUCGCUUCGUCCAAGGAAAUAUCAACGACCUCCAGAGAGUCCAGUCGGUCCUGGAGACGUACAGGAUCGACUGUGUGAUCCACUUCGCAGCCAGUAGCCAUGUCCAGAAUUCCUUCGUCGAGCCCUUCACCUUCACUCAUGACAAUGUCGUGGGAACGCACCAUGUGCUCGAGGCCGCUCGCCGCUACGGCAAAAUCACCCGCUUCCUUCACGUCUCCACGGAUGAGGUGUACGGGGAGACGAAUAACCGCAAAGUGACCGAGAUCAGCAACUUCGCCCCGACCAACCCGUACUCGGCCAGCAAGGCAGCUGCCGAGAUGUAUGUCAUGGCGUAUCGCCAAAGCUUCGGGCUUCCUGCAGUCAUUGUGCGCAGCAACAACGUCUAUGGACCAUGCCAGUACCCCGAGAAGAUUAUUCCAGUCUUUACCAAACUGCUCAUGAGAGGGGAGAAACUUACCAUCCAAGGCGAUGGAACCAAUACCCGCUGCUAUUUGCAUGGCUCUGAUGCCGCAGACGCAUUCGACACGAUUCUGCACAGGGGCAAGGUUGGGGAGAUAUACAACAUCGAAUCCGACUACGAGAUUUCCAAUCGCGAAGUAGCUGCCCGCAUCCUGACCUUGUUUGGCCAUGAUCCUGUUCAUGAUUUCGAUAGUCAUGUGAAGUGGAUUGCUGACCGUCCCUUUAACGAUGGCAGCUACAAUGUGGAUGGCUCGAAGUUGAAACAGCUGGGGUGGAGGCAGCGCAUAGAUUUCUCUUCGGGGCUUGCACAGACCGUGCAAUGGUACAAGCAGAACGUGGAUUCGUGGUGGAAAAGCCCUGAUAGUGAGCCGGCUAUUUUCCCAGCUAUUAACUCUAGACUUUGA